CUGAACAUUAGCUCAUCCUACAUAAUGUAUCCAUACUUUGUUUGUUUUAGAUGCCGUCGAUUUACACCAGUUCUAAAUUGAUUCAGUCAAACUUUCACUUCUUGUGACCAAAACCGAGUCCAGAAAAAGUUGGUUGUAUCACCUGUGGUUACAAUGUCCGUCCGACUGGAGGUGAAGUCCGACGGGAUUCUGUGUUACUGUACAGUGGAGGAUGACACUGUGGUGUUAUUGCCGAAGACCAUUGAACCGUGUCCUGAUGAGAAGGGAUCCAGUGUUGAUGCUGCUGACCAUUCAUUUACCUUGGCCUUUGAUGAUAUAAUCGCCAUAAAGAAGGAAGACUCAACUUGUACAGGAUCAACAGAAUCAUUUGUAGAUCAUCCCAAUCCUUCCUCCUCCUCAUCAACCAUCAUCCAUUAUAUCAAGAAGGUUCCAGAUGAUCCAAAAUGGAGUCACGCCACUGUUAAGAUAUCUCCAAGCUCGGAGAAGGAAUGUGAUUACAAAAUAAUACUGGAAAAAGUGCAAGCCAAGUUUGAUAAAGUGGUAGAAACGAGACCAAACAAGCUGCUCGUUCUGAUGAACCCUAUCGGUGGGAAGAGACAGGCCCGGACUAUGUAUGAUACCGUAAUGACACCUUUGUUUGAGCUUGCCAACAUUUCCUGCCAUCUCAUAGUUUCGGAAAGACCCAAACAUCUGAUUGAGGUUCUCAAAACAUAUGACUACAAGUCCAUGGAUGGGAUUGUGAUGAUGGGAGGAGAUGGCACGUUCACAGAAAUUAUAAAUGUCCUGAUGAGGAAAACCCAAGAGGAAGCUGGUGUAGACUACAAUGAUCCUACAGCUAAACUCCAGAGGGUAUCCACACCACUGGCUGUUAUACCUACAGGAACAGGAAAUGGAGUGGCAGAAGGUCUCAUUGGAUGUCAAGAUGUCCUCACAGCCACACUCCAUGUUAUUAGGGGUAAAAUACGGACCAACAGGAUACUGGCCACCUAUGCUGACAGUAGACUGGUAGGGUACAGUGGCUGUGUGUUUGGGAUAGGACUGGCCGCAGACAUGAUGUAUAUUGCAGACAAAAAGCUUCGCUGGUUGAAGGCUGCCCGCUACCUAGCAUUACCGUUUGUCUUUAUGUUAAGAGGCAUACGACAUACUGAAGCGGAGUUCACCAUGAACAUAAGAAAAAGGAUCACGAUGAGAGACGGAUCAGAGCAACACGAGGAAUUUGUGUUUGAAGAGGAGAAAAUAAAUCAAGAGACCAGCAUGGUCAUGAGCUGGCCAUUUCAACUUCUGGAUGAUGCUGGUCACUUUAACCUCUUUAAAUCCUGCAUACGCAACGUCACCAGGAAACACAACGGAGACAUGUUCAUGGUGAUCUAUGAACGUAUGGGCUGGCUACAAAUGCUUCAACAUUUUCGUGAUCUUCAUGCGAGAAAAGAUGGUGCGUUUGAAAAGGACUUUAUAAAAAUACGCCGGUGUCAGUCAAUUAAAAUAAGAUUGAAAGAAAAGCCAGGAGAAUCUAGCAUUUACAAUCGCCUAGUUUCUAUUGACGGAGAACUUCAGGAAUGUGAGAACCCCGAGUAUUUUGUAAGAAUUUUGGACGGAGCUUUGAAUUUGUUCUGUAGUACUGAUCUUGUUUGAUUUAUUGUCGUGGUCUGACGAAGCAGUACAGACUUGCUCUUUGGAUCUGCCUUAUGUCGUACAAGUAAAUAUAUGUUUUCCUUAAAGUACCAAUUUAGCGCUGUUGUAUUAUUGUUAUAUAUCGUUUGUGUAUGCAGGUGCAUGCAUUCUAAGGCUCUUGUUUUUGUAAAAUUGCGAGUGGUAUCUGAAGUCAUUACAAACUGGUGAAAUCUGAUAAUCUUAUCUUAUAAUACCGACAAUUAAAACCCUACGAACGGUAAAAUAUUCUUUUAUCACAUUAUGUG